AUGGCGCAGCCGACGGAGCCCAAUAGCAACAACAACAACAACAAUAAUGAUGCCAGCAUCAGCAUGCUCUACAACCUCGACGACAAAAGCUCGUACGAAGCGUGCUACAAGAAGCUCAAGAGCCCGUUGGCGAGCAACUUCGGCGUCCGCUUCGACAACAACGAAGCCACAUGUGCGGUUGAUCUCACCCAGGCAGAUGUUGUGAAGUGGCUGGACGAACGGGGCAGUCGCCGACCGACGGUGACGGCGAGCCAGAAGACUGUCUGGUUGAAUUUCUGGGCUUCCGGCAGCCAGAGAGAUGUCAUCAAGGCGAUUGCGAAGAAAUACGACCUUUCGCCGAGGCUGACCGGGUUGUUGUGUCCGCCUGAGAAACCGGUGAGGAAGGCGGCGAGUGCGGGUGGUUCGACGACGACGACGACGACGACUGCUACGAAUAAUAGCGAGGAUGGGAGCGAGUUGGCCGUUCUGGCACAACCGGGUAAAAGCUCGAAUGCAACGAGCGUCGAUGUGGAGAAGGGAGUGACGCCUGCCACCCAAAACCAUCGGCAACCGACCACAGCCCCCCAGGAUGUUCCUGGUUUGCGAGACAAGCUAUCCUUCGGCAAUGUCGUCGACGAGCUAUGGCAUUUCAACUCCGUGGACUUCGGCAGUCACUACAUCUACGUGGGGUUCAACGCGCUGUUCACCGUCCCGGACGUCGACGACGACCCCGCGUCGACCAAACCGGCCGGCAUCCGGAUCUGGUCCUCGCUUUUGAUCUGCGACGACGGCACGCUGGUCUCCGUCUUCCAACAGCCGGACGUCGAAAAGCCGUCCGCCUACGCCGCCGCCAGGCGGAACGUGUUGAACGUGUUUAAGCACCUGUCCACCCAGCAUGACCACGACAGCGCGCUCGACGCCCUGAUGAAAGUCCGGGUCCGGUGGUACGAACGGUCCAAGAAAUCCGACGAGGACGCGAGCUACGCCAGCGAAGCCGCGAGUCUGUUGUUCUACUACUUGUUCGACGACUGGCUGACCACGUACGAGCUCAUCGCGCGGCGUGCCCACCCGUACCGCGACAAGCUGGAAUUACUGCGCCAGGCCAUGUUCGUGUCUGCCGACGUGAACCUGGUCUCGCAGAUCCACAACCUGGGUCGGCAGCUGACCGUGCUGAAAUUGAUGUACCAGAGCUACGAGCACAUCGUGUCGCGACUUCUACACUGGCAGCGAUCCAAGAAGGAUGCGAACCUCGCCAUGCUCUCGUCGAGGCCGACUUUCCCGCUCCACAAUGACCCCGCCGCGUUUCCGGAGUUGAGCUCGUCGCAGUUGGUCCAGGAUGAGCGCAUUUUCCUCGAGGAUGAGUCGGACUGUAGGGUGAAAUUGUUUUCGUCGUCGAUUGUGCGUUUCGAGAGGCUGUUGGGCCGGAUUAGGCUUUACGCCUUGACUGAGAUUGAAGAAUGUUUGAGUGAGAAGGAGUCUCUUGUGCUGAUGAACUUCAACCUGGUCGCUCUCAAGGAGUCCCAGGCAGUGGAAAGGUUGACCAGAACAACCAUCCUUCUGGCCAAGGCUACCAUCCUCUUCCUCCCCGUCAGUCUGAUGACGGCUUACUUCUCCAUUCAGCUACCGGAAAUUGCCGAGAUGUACUCCAUCAAAACAUACUGGCUGAGCUUUCUGGUGGUUGCGCUUCUGUCCAUAGCAUUCCUUGCCAUUUUCGGGUUCACAACUCACACUGUUGAAGGAGGGACCAUCUACAGGUCGUUUACCACGAUGGUUCUCGACAAGGGCAGGGCUGGGAAAACGAAAAAGAAAAAGCAAUAG